AUGUCCUGGGUUGAUGAUCUGAAGAAGGGGCUGUCGUUCCCGCAGUUCCCCGGGGAGUUCCUUCACCCGGUCGUCUAUGCCUGCACUGCGGUCAUGCUGCUCUGCCUCUUCGCCUCCAUCAUUACCUACAUAGUGCACCACAGGUCUGACACGGGACCAGCCAGGUCUGACUUAGGACACACGGGACUCUCUGUGGCUGCUUCUGUGGCGGCUUCUGUGGCUGCUUCUGUGGUGGUUUUUGUGGCGGCUUCUGUGGCUGCUUCUGUGGUGGUUUCUGUGGUGGUUUCUGUGGCGGCUUCUGUGGCGGCUUCUGUGUCUGCCUCUGUGGCGGCUUCUGUGGUGGUUUCUGUGGCUGCUUCUGUGGCGACUUCUGUGGCGACUUCUGUGGCUGCUUCUGUGGCUGCUUUCUUUGACUGCUUCUGUGGCUGCUUCUGUGGUGGUUUCUGUGGUGGUUUCUAUGAUGGUUUCUGUGGCGGCUUCUUUGUCUGCUUCUGUGGCGGCUUCUGUGUACUCGGACUACAGCGAUUUGUAUGA